AUGGCUUUCUUCCCUCGCAACUUCUACAACUCCGAUGCUUCCUUUACUCCCCUCUUCCGUCUCCUCGACGACUUCGAUAGCUACUCUCGUCAGGGACAACAGACCGGUGGUACCCGUCGAAGCGGCCUCACCCACUGGCAGCCCAAGUUCGAUGUCCGCGAGACUGGCGAGGCCUACGAGCUCCAUGGAGAGCUCCCCGGCAUGUCCAAGGAGAACGUCCAAAUCGAAUUCACUGAGCCUCAGACCAUGACCAUCCGCGGCAAGACUGAGCGCACAUACACUGCCGGCACUCCUCCCGCUGGUCUCGUCGAGGGCUCUCAGUCCCAAGGCGCUAUUGCCGAGGGCGAGAGUAACGAUGAGACCAAGAACUCUCACCACGCCAAGGUCGAGGAUGAGGCCGAGGCCAAGGCUCACGAGAGCACCGAAGUCACCCACCACCAACAGUCCAAGGAGGUCGAGAAGAAGCCCGGUGAUCAAUCCAAGUACUGGCUCACCGAGCGCACCUUCGGCGAGUUCUCUCGCAGCUUCAACUUCCCCACUCGUGUCGAUCAGGACAACGUCUCUGCCAAGUUUAAGGAUGGCAUCCUGAGCAUUGUUGUUCCCAAGGCCAAGAAGCACGAGUCUCGCCGAAUCAACGUCGAGUAA